AUGUCCAAAGAGAAGUGCGACGCUUUACGUUCGCCACCCCUGCGGCCACCAAACGCGCCCUUCCCUCAACUUUCAUCGGCGCCGCUUUCUACGAGGACCGGCAGCAGUGGCGGCGGGGACGAGCCAGUCGUCUUCUGGAGGAGCUCCCUGUCCUGGUCGCCGUCCGCUUUCUUCGGCAAUUUGCCGGGCUCGCUUCCGUGCUCUCCAGAGGAGCGGGCGCCUUUGAGUCCCCUGAACGUCACGACGAGCAGCGGCCCCAUCUGCAGGAUCUGCCACGAGGGUGACCAGAAGUGGCCCCUGCUGUCUCCCUGCACGUGUGCCGGUACGAUGGGACUCGUCCACCUGGUCUGCCUGGAGCACUGGCUGAGCGCGAGCGGAGGCGACCAGUGCGAAAUCUGCCAUUACCGCUUCAGCACGCAGCGGCGACAGCGGGGCUUCUGCGAAUGGCUGCAGGGGUCUCACCGGAACGUCCGGCGGAGUGUCAUCGGGGACUUCUUCUGCUUCGCCAUGUUAACGCCCUUGGCGUGCCUGUGCGGCAUCUUGUGCUUGCAGGGUGCUGUGCAUCAGGUCCUCGAUUCCAGGCUGUGGGCAGCCGUCGGUCUGACGACCCUGGCCGUCAUGCUUUUACUCGUGUACGCCGGUUGGAGCCUCCUCAUGCUCAGGUUCCACCGGAAGACCUGGAAGAAAUGGCAGAAGGCGAACCCCGACGUGAGAGUGCUUGGUAUGGCGGGCAUACCCAUUGUAGUCUCGGCGCCCGAGUCUCUCCGCGAGGAUGUCGACUGCCGCGCAGCGCCGGUAGCGCCUACGACCGUAAGUCCUGGCGCACUUGGCGAAACUUCAGUUAUUGCAGAUGUUCACCAGGAACUUGAAAGCGUUUCGGUGCAGUCGGCGCAGCUCUGUUUCUCUCCGGCCACUGUCACGUUCGAGAGCACGGAAUGGGAGUAUUGCACUUCGCGUCUGUAA